AUGGAGCAGCUUGUUAACUUCAUCAUUCGACCUCCAAGAGCUGAGUAUGACCCGGAACAUGAUCUCUUGGAAAAGCAGUUCAUGAUGAAAGGUAGAUGGUAUCAGAGAAAGGAUUUAGAGGUUAAGAACAGUAGAGGAGAUGUUCUCCAGUGUAGUCAUUACAUGCCAGUUGAACGUCCUGAAGGGAAGCCUUUGCCCUGUGUAAUUUACUGCCAUGGAAACAGUGGAUGUAGAGCGGAUGGUAGUGAAGCCGCUGUUAUGUUGCUGCCUUCAAACAUCACAGUUUUCACCCUCGACUUUUCGGGAUCUGGUCUCUCAGGCGGUGAACAUGUCACCUUAGGUUGGAACGAAAAGGAUGAUCUGAAGGCUGUGGUUGAGUAUUUGCGGCAGGAUGGAAAUAUAUCCCUGAUUGGGUUAUGGGGGCGUUCAAUGGGUGCUGUUACUAGCUUAAUGUAUGGAGCCGAAGAUCCUUCGAUUGCGGGAAUGAUAUUAGACAGCCCCUUCUCCGAUUUGGUUGAUCUGAUGCUGGAACUUGUUGAUACAUAUAAGUUUCGUCUACCGAAGUUCACUGUGAAAUUUGCUAUACAGUUUAUGCGGAGAGCUAUUCAGAAGAAAGCAAAGUUUGAUAUAACCGAUCUGAACACCAUUAAGGUGGCAAAGUCUUCUUUUGUUCCGGUUUUAUUUGGACAUGCCUUAGAUGAUGACUUUAUCCGUCCUCAUCAUUCAGAUCGUAUAUAUGAAGCCUACAUAGGCGACAAAAAUAUCAUCAAAUUUGAGGGAGACCACAACUCUCCACGGCCUCAAUUCUACUUUGAUUCAAUAAAUAUAUUUUUCCAUAACGUUCUUCAACCUCCUGAGGUGGUUGGGCCGACGUUUUAUGAUCCGUUGGAUGAUUACUUUGCAAAGGGCAGUUGGGGAACUAUGCAUGACACAAAUAUUCCACAAUCCUCAGUACAGAAAAGUUUAGCCGCGAGUAGCAUCUCUGACGCACUCAAUGAAGUCCGCAUGAAAAGACCCAUGAGUCGCACAGAUGUUCCUUCCAAUGUCACAUCUAACGGUUCUUCAUCAGAAACUAAGGAAAAAGAGAAUCAUGAUGGCCGUGACAGUUCAUCAUCUCCUGAAAUGAUUAGCUUUGAUUUGUCAAACGGCGAUCGAUACCCUCCUCACCUUGCGAUGGCUUUAGAUGAUGAUCAGUAUGGGGAGUAUCACUUGGAAGACAUCCCAUCUAAUGCAGAGGAAGAAGAAAGGAUGCUUAUGAAAGCGGUGAUGGAAUCAUUGAAGGACUUGGAAGUGCAAAGUCUUCAGCAGAAAGAAGAGCCUCCCGAGAAUCAUCGUGUUCAUGGCGGCUCUGAUUUUUUAACUGCACAACAACGUCUUCUUUCCAUGGAAGAAGCAACUUCAACUCGAGGAAACCAAUCCGAGACUGAUUCUGCUUCCGUUCCAGCAACACGUAGCCAGGACUUAGUACCAUCAUCUUCUGAGUCGAAUGCUCCAAGUGAGACUUCUGCUUCUCUUGUAAACGCUUCUGUUCCAGGCAAUUCAAGCCAGAAGGCCAGCGAGACCAGUGACAUGUCAGCAGUUACAAAGACCACAGUGACAGUUGAACGUAGUAGUAGCGCACCGGGGAAGGUCUUUGACGGGUUAAUACGCAAAUGGGAUCUCAACUUCUUCAGAAACAGCAAAUAA